GCCGCGCUCGCUCCCUCUCCUGAAUCCCUAGCCCUAGCCCCUCUCAUGGCUGCCUCCUCCGAUUCGCGAAGAGAGAUGAUGGCGAGAAGAUGCGGCCAGGCGUUCUCCAUCGAAGGAUUCUGCAUCACGGCGGCGUCUCGGCAAUGGAAUGAUUUGCUGCCUCCCCUCCGUCGUCCGGUCGACCCCUUCAUGCCUUCAUGGUCUCCCAUGGUGCUUGCCGUAGGCUGCAGCCGGUUUACAGCACCAGCUCGUUUCUGUGAUGUUUUACAGUAUAUAAUUCAGGGACACCAAGAUCACAUCCUGCAAUGUCCUGAGCAAAGAGAGAGGGAGAGAGAGGAUCAGAGGAGAGGAGACUGGAGAGCCCAGCCAUGGCGAGGAAGGAGAGGGCGCCGCCGCCGCGAGGGUACGUGCCGAUCCUGAUCGGCCGGCAGGGGGAGGAGAGGGAGAGGAUCCUGGUGCGCACGGAGCAGCUGAAGCAGCCGCACUUCCUCGCGCUGCUCGAUCUCGCGGUGCAGGAGUUCGGCUACGAGCAGCGCGGGAUCCUCUGCAUCCCCUGCACCACCAAGGCCUUCCGCUCCAUCGUCGGCACCGCCACCACCGCCGCCGGCGAGCUCAAGUCAUGACAUAUGCUCUCUCUCUCUCUCUCUCUCUCUCUCUCUCUCUCUCCGGUGUUUCUUCUUCUCUCCUUUCGUCUUGAUCUGUGAUCUGCUCUGCAGAUUUGGUAGCUUAGUUCAUGUAUGUACACACGGAUCAAAGAUUGUGCGUGCAGAUCACGAUAAGUUUAUGAGAAGUCGUGAUGUGUUGUAGAGGGGGAUGUAAAUUAUUGCUGUUGUGUAAAUGCGCAGAGAUGAAAACAAGUGCCAAAUGAAGCCGAGCGCUAUAGUGGUGCAAACUUCUGCUCUGAAUUUUUUUGUUGCCAAAAUUAUAGUUUUUCUCGGCUUAUCAUGAAUACAAGAAUAUACAAACUUUGAUGAUCAAAUUACAGUGGCAUACUACUCGUGGUAUAGUAGUACAUGCUACAUAACGGAACUAAAAUUUCAAACAUAAUAGCCCUAAAACAAAUAUCUCAGACAUUAUAGCCCUAAAACGAAGAUUCAAGAGUAAUUUCUUUGAUAAAGUACGAUACCAUAUUUUUUAAUUUA